AUGUUGGACGAUGGUAACCCCGACGAAGCCAACGAGAUCACCGAGACUAACGAAAGCAAGCGGGCGGCGCAGCGCGACGAUCUCGAUGUCCCCCCUGAUCUCCGCUGGACUCGGAACAUCGUGCAAGACCCCGACCGUCUGGAUGGUCUCGGUGCUAUCGGAGUUAGUCGCUUGUUCGUAUACGGGGGCGUAGAUGAAAUCCGGCGCAACGACACGAUACGUACGGCUCUCCCACUCAUCGACGAACGGUUCAGGCAGUAUGUGCCGCUGAUGAAGACCAAGACUGGACGCGAUUUGGCGGAGGAGCGCUGGGCGUGGAUGGAGAAGAAGUUCUUGCCGAAACUAAUGGGGCAGGUGGAUAUUGAGGAUGUAUAUGGGGAGGUUGAAGCUUCGCACUGA